AUGAAUCUGACCGGAAGAACAUACCCCAAGAAACUUUCAGACGAUGAAAUGGGUGUGGGUUCCGGUCAUGUGUCUGUGUUCCUCGACUCUGAGGCGGGAUCUCUGUCCUUCUAUGAGGUUCUCUCGGACGGAAAGCUUCACACUUUCAGGUCCUCCUUCACCGAGCCUCUCUUUCCAGGCUUUGGGCUCUGGAAAGAAGGCGACUCUGCAUCUAUUAUUCCACGGGCCGCGCAUGUACCGACGGUGACGCGCACAGGAGCAAGCAGAGAUCCACACACACUUCCUCGGCGCCACACGCACAGACGCACAGACGCAGACCCCCAGGACCCUGGACCAGUCCUCCCGCAGCAGAGGCACACGCACCCGGACGCACGAGCGCUCGCACCGGAGCUGGAUUACCGGAGACGCGCGAGGGACAUGGCGGUGACCGGGGACGAGACGGAGUCAGCGGCAACAGGAGACAUCCCAGCGUACCCACUCAGGACGCCCAAUCACAGCCUGGCGCAGAGUCUGGUCAUGGCCGCCUCGCCGAGCUCCCACAAUGCACCGGGGCACCACAACGAAGAGGUGACGAGGAAGAGGCAGGUGCGGCUGAUGAAGAACAGAGAAGCGGCGCGCGAAUGUCGGCGUAAGAAGAAGGAGUACGUGAAGUGUCUGGAGAACCGGGUGGCGGUGUUAGAAAACCAAAACAAGACUUUGAUCGAGGAGCUUAAGGCGCUCAAGGACAUUUACUGCCACAAAAACGAGUGA